ACUACAGUCAAUCAGUAGGCCUCGGUGGGCGGGGCUGCUUAUGAGGCAGGCGAGAGCGGCCUUAGCAACGGUUUCUGAACUGUGAAGACAGCCGUUGGGCUGCGCUGCCGGCGGCUGAGAUAGGGAGGUCCCGGCUGAGGGCACCGGUUGGUGACAUGGCAUCCACAAGUUCAGACCAAUGGAAGAAAAGAGCAGCAAAACUUGAAUUGAAUGAAACCCAAAAGCAAGAAAUUAAAGAGGCCUUUGAUUUAUUUGAUGUUGAUGGGUCUGGAACCAUAGAUGUGAAAGAAUUGAAGAUUGCAAUGCAAGCCUUAGGAUUUGAACCAAAGAAAGAAGAAAUUAAAAAAAUGAUAGCUGAAAUCGACAAAGAAGGAAAUGGCACCAUUAGUUUUGAAGAUUUUUUUGCCAUAAUGAGUGUAAAAAUGAGUGAGAAAGAAGAAAUAUUGAAGGCUUUCAAAUUAUUUGAUGAUGAUGAUACUGGAAGCAUAACACUAAACAAUAUCAAGAGGGUUGCUAAGGAACUAGGGGAAAAUUUAACAGAUGAUGAACUUCAGGAAAUGCUUGAUGAAGCUGAUCGUGAUAGGGAUGGAGAAAUAAGUGAGGAAGAAUUUUUGAGGAUGAUGAAAAAGACCACUCUUUAUUAAUACUUUUUUUAAUCCCUCUGGAAAGUUAAUAACUUUGUGUUUGUUAUACAGUUCCAUAAUAUCUGAAUGUAUUUGUUGUCAAUUUCUAAUUUAUUUGCGCAAAUUGGUGUUUUGAUGUGUAAUCCAUGCAAGAAGUUAGGCUUCUGUCAACAUGUUGUUAAACAUCUACAGCAUCAAGAAAGAAAUAUAAUGAUUUCUGUGAAUCGUGAAUCCAAAACCAGUAUUAAUUCCAACUGCUACUUUUUGGAGUCUCAGCAUCUAAGGACUUAGAAUUUUUUUUAGGUUUAAUGAAACUGAGCCCACAUCCAAUUGAAUUUGGCAAACAGGCUAUUACUUUCCCCAUUAUUUUCCUUUUGUGCAACUCUUUAAAAACUGUUAAACAUUUGAUUUUUAAUCAGUUAUUCAGAUAUGUAAAGUAUUAAAUAAAAUUGCCUAGUAAUACUUUA